AUGAAACUGGGUGAAGUUCAUGACAAACUUUCAUUUGAUGAUUUCUUAGAGUCCGAUUUUCAUUUCGAUAUAAAGGGAUCCGAUGUUAUUGUGUUUCUUCAUAUUCAGAAAACUGGCGGCACAUUAUUUGGUCGGCAUUUAGUUCAGGGUCUUGAUUUAGAGCAACCUUGCCUGUGCAGAAAGGGACGGAAGAAAUGCCGUUGUUUUAGACCAGACUCUGAUGACAAAUCAUGGCUAUUUAGUAGAUAUUCCACUGGUUGGAAAUGUGGUUUACAUGCGGACUGGACUGAGUUAACAAAUUGUGUACAAAGUGCAAUGGAUCAAACUGAAAAGGGUACUGCCAAAAGGAGGUUAUAUUUUUAUAUUACAUUGCUUCGUGAGCCUGUAGAUCGUUUCUUAAGCGAGUUUCGCCACGUUCAGAGAGGAGCAACAUGGAAAUCAUCUCUUCAUUUGUGUGAAGGACGUCCUCCCACAGUUGAAGAACUUCCUCUCUGCUUCACUGGAAAAGAUUGGAGGGAUGUUCCUCUGUCAAAGUUUAUGAAUUGUAAUUCUAAUCUGGCAAUUAACAGGCAAACACGUAUGCUGGCAGAUUUGACACUUGUAGGCUGCUACAACACCUCUGCAAUGUCAUCUCGUGACAGAGAUGUUCUUAUGCUUGCUAGCGCCAAAGAAAAUUUAAGGAAAAUGGCUUUUUUUGGGCUCUGUGAGUUUCAAAAAAUGUCUCAAUAUUUGUUUGAAAGUACUUUUCAUCUUCAUUUCCUUCAACCAUUUCAUCAACUGAAUGAGACUCAUGGAAGUCUUGCUCGUAGUGCCAUCAGUGAGGAUGCAAUUAAAAGAAUUCGUAAGCUAAAUUACCUUGAUGUUCAACUUUAUGAGUUUGCUGUGAAUCUCUUAAAGCACAGGUUUGAAUUAAUGAAGAGAAAGGAUUCCAAUUUUGAGAAGAAUUAUAAGAAUCUAGGUAAGAAAAAGAGUCGCUCAGAUGUUGGUUAUGACCCUGCUUUGAGAGAUUCUUGA